ACGUGACCAAGGUGACUAAAACACAAGAGCACACUUAAAUGGUCUUAAAGAUCAGCACACUACCGUUUACAAAAGGUAGACAAGAGAUAAAUACAUUCACAUGAGGGCUGGCACGUUUAUCUUCAUUUUUUUUUUUUCAAAGCAUAGCUCGAGUUAUAGUUCGUGGACAUGGAAAUACCACUUGUCUUGCGCACUGGCUGAUUAGGUCAAAGGUAUGUCACUAAAUAUUCAUGAUAAUAAAAUAGCAUAUUUGUUAGCCAGGAGUUAAUUUUACGACACAUCACUAUCAGAAAGUUGUCCCUAUAAUCAUGACUGUCACAGAUUCACUGAAACAAAACAUAGUUUAUGCUGUGUCUGCUGCAGCAGGAGUGGGCUUGCUAGCCUACAUUUUCUACAAACACAGAGGGUCAUGUUGCAAAGGACGACCUAUCAAUCCAUCCAUCAGGAAAGAUGAAAAGAAAGUCUCUGAUGUACUUGAUCUAGAAGAACUGAUGAAGACUGUGCCACCAGGAGAGAAAGUCAGUCUAUGUCGAUGCUGGAAGUCUAAAAAGUGGCCAUAUUGUGAUGGAGCUCACAAAGAACACAACCAAAGUACUGGAGAUAAUGUCGGGCCAGUUAACAUUGUACGAAAGAAGGCUGACACUAGUUGACAACUUGUAAACAUUAGUUGUUUUUUUCAAAUGUUGUAGUUGAGAUUUUGUGGCAUAUUUACUUACAAUAUAUUUAUUUACAAUUAGUUGAGAAAUAAAAUAUUUAUUUCAUUUUUCUAAAAAAAA